GCUCUACUCAGUUCCUAACUAGACUUCAAUUUGGACGUCCAUUACUGAAUACUAGGACUCUACCACGACGCACCAUGUCGACAUCAUCGGGACCUACCAACACAGAUCGGCCAGAGGAAGAGCAGCAACAACGGUCCCAGCCUCUGCUUCUCGAGGAUGCUAGCCGUAGCCGCUCAGAUACCACUAAUGCCCACUCGCUUGAUGUGUCGAAUCAAUCGACUGUGAGGCUAGAUGCUUUGGGACCUAUGGUGGUGAAUAGAGAUGGGACGCUUUCUCGGAUUGCGAAUUGGGACAAGAUGACGGAGGAUGAGAAGGAGCGAACGUUACGGGUGCUGAGUGCGCGAAACAAGGUUAGACUGGCGAAGCAUGCGGCCGCCGCUGAGAACGCGACGAACGAGGGAGAAGUUGUGAGCGCGUUAAAGGGAGAAGAAGGACCUGCAUCAACAACAAACGCGACAUCAUCGCCGCCUUCGACGACGCAAUAAGUAAUUCCUAAAUAUCAAGUUGAAGGAACGAGGAACGAAGAACAGGGGAUUCGGCGCGACAAGGACGGGACUGUUUCAGUCCGCUUAUGACCGACUUUUUCGAACUGAAUGAAAUGUUUGCGACGCCCGUUUGGAUUCUUUGUGGUGCUGGUGCUUUGUAGUAGGUGCAAGAAGUACUUGGUCGUCGGAAGAAGGGAGUGUGUUGUUCCUGGCCAUGUGGAGUGGAGAAGGGAAGCUGACAUGCACACUUGUGCGUUCUGUGCAUCGCGUACUCGUCGCCGAAUGCUCUUCAACGUUUGACCCUUCUUGUUCGUCGUGUCUUUUCUUUUCACUUUCGAACCUGUCGGAGGAAUGGGGCAACGAGGUGUUUUGUUGGCCGUGGAGCUGGAGUAUUGUAUGCUUUAUCCAAUAUUCAUUCUUUUGUAAUAUUGUAUGCGCGUUCA